AUGAGGGAGUUAAAUACCAAGUUGUCAUAUGAUUCUCAUUUGAUCAACAAUGACGACAAGUUUUGUGACCGUCAUUCAAAGAUUCACUUCAAAUGGCCUUUAAUUCGUCAUAAAUCUGAAGAUAUUAGUUCUUCAGGUUCUUUCGUUCAACCUGGGUACAAAUUCAGUUAUGAAACGGACUGUAAUGUUAAACAAAUCGAAUUUACAAAGCCGUCAGAUUUAAUCCGUCUCAAUGGUCUAGACGGUCAGACACAAACAUUCAAUUUUAGUACAGCUUUUAAUUUUUCCCAAACCAAGUCUGUCGAUCAAGAUACUAGUAAUAACUACAAAACAAUUUUCACCUACUCGGAUCCUGUUACAAAUAUUAUAGAUUGUCAAUUAGACAUUUUUGAUUUUAUGGAUACUGGAUAUUCCAAAAAUGUGAACAAUCGAUUACAUUAUUCAUUCCUUGUCCUAUCAGCUUUAUUAUUAAUUGUAUUCUUUCCAUUCUUGUGUUGGUUUUAUGUGAAGCAUCUUACGAAAAGUGAACGAAUCAUUGUAUUUCGACUUGGGAAACGACUGAAAUCUAAAGGACCUGGUUGGGUAUUUCUGUUGCCUAUAUGUGAUCGUUACCACUUAAUUACUCUCGAUGAUCAACUGGUGAAAAUUAAACCUGUAUCUGGUGGUACAAAAGAUGAAGCUGUUGUGGAAGUGACAUGUUCUAUAGUAUUUUAUUUAUUAGAAUCAGAUUAUGCAUUUAGUAUAACUAAUAAAAGCCCUUUAGAUAUUGUUACUACACAAACUCAAUUAUGUUUAUUAUCAGCAUUAACUCAUCUAGAAUGGUACUAUUUAGAACAAGGUAAUGCGAAAAUCGACUUGGCUAAUGAAACGAAAGGCACAUUAAAUUCUCGUUGUGGCCCAUAUGGUAUUCAUGUGAAAGAAGUUACUAUUGAUGGUUUAGUUCUACUCCGUCCGCCACCAUCUCAUAAUUCCAAGUCAAAUAUUGAACUGGUUACUAAACAUUUGCAUCAAUUAUCAUGUGUAUUGCUGAAUAGUCGAGGAGAUAAACCGCUAAUAAAACCACCUACUAGUCAAUCCACAGUAGAACAACAAAUAAUCAAUUUGUCUAGUGGUUCCGAACAAACUAAAUCAACCUCAUUGUCAUGUGAUACCACCAACAUAAUACCAGACCCAAAAAUAACAACAAUAACUAAUGAAUCUAGUUCGGUUGAAACUACACCACUAAUAAAUAAAGUACAAAAACAGUAUAGUUUUAAGUCGUUAAAUACUCUGUCACAAUUACGUAUUUCACAUAAUUACCCUGCUUUGUCGAAAGCAAUAACACGUGCUCAAGGUCUGCUUAAUAGUGAUAUUGCUUGUCAAGCUCUUGAAUGUUCAUCAUUACAAUUAGUUAUAUCAAUGGAGAAUAAAUUUGUCAAAGAUCAUUUACCAUCAUUGAAUUCAGUGGAAAAUCAAAAUUUUAUUCUACUUUAUUUGGAUGCUAGUACUGGAACUGUUGGUUCAGGUUGUCUACCAGUUGAUAAACAACCAGCAAAUGUUACACUUUUCAUACAUAUUGACGAUUUAACCGAUGUGGUAGAAGGUCGUUUAGAUGUAUUAAACGCAAUAAAAUCUGAUAAAGCUUUCAUGACCGGUUCAUUAUCAGUGUUAUCGAAAAUGCGUCAUUUACUUUAUCUCCCUCCAAUUUGA